AUGGUGAAGUUUGGUAGUUUCAGUUAUCUCCAAGAAAGAUGGUAUAUCUUCCUCUUAGUAACCCGACUAUACUUCGCCUUAUCCCCAAGCUACAUCUACCCCGAUGAGAAUUCCCAAGGCCCAGAGGUUAUAGCAGGCAAGGUCUUCGGUCACGAUGUAAACUACACAAGGGAGUUCACCUCGCAAUCCCCAGUAAGAAGUUGGUUCGUCCUAUGGAUAAGUUACGGCCCGACUAUGUGGAUUAUGCGCUUCUUCGCAUGUACACCAAAAACCACUUUCUAUGCCUUGCGCUUGACGAUGUUCCUUUUGAGCGUGUUCGUGGGAGAUAAAGCUAUUUGGGAAUUGACCGGCUCGAAUGAGUUUAGGAAGAGCCAAUUGUUUCUGGCCCGAUCGUCAUAUGUUACUUGGACAUAUCAGAUGCACACUUUUUCGAAUUCUUGGGAAACUUUGUCGGUGUUGUGGAGUGUGGUGUUGAUUAGACGUAUGGUUCAAGACAAGGGUCAACCGAGGUUUAGAUACUGUUUGAUAUUUGGUCUCAUCUUUUCUCUUGGGAUAUUCAAUCGAACUACUUUCCCAGCUUUCAUAUUCAUCCCUUGUCUCCGACUCUUGCCGUACUUCUUCCAACAUCCUCGAUCUGCAAUGGCUUUCAUCAUUUCUUUCGGAAUUACAAGCUCGAUAGCUAUACUGGUCGAUACGAUCUGUUAUACCGGUUCGAUCUGGGGUGAUUUCAAUCCAAUCAUCACACCGUUGAAUAAUCUUUUGUACAACGCCAGCACAACCAACCUAGCUCAACACGGAUUACAUCCUUGGUAUUCCCAUUUACUCGUCAAUAUCCCACAAUUGACGGGUCCAGCAAUACCCCUAAUCUUACUUCAACUACCAUUUUCCUUUCGCUCACCCUUAUCCUCGGAGUUGUGGUGGAAUAUCAUUACAGCCUUAUUCGCAAUCAUGUCUCCAUCAUUAUUCCCACAUCAGGAAGCUAGAUUCUUGAUUCCCAUCGUCCCUCUCAUAUCAUGUUGCAUACGUCUACCUGCAGGUAAGAAAAAUAGGAAGAUGUGGUUGAUAAUGUGGAUGAUGUUUAAUGGUUUCAUGGGAAUUUUCAUGGGGGUAUAUCAUCAAGGCGGAGUCAUUCCAUUACAAAUGCGCAUGCCCCAGAUGGUUGAACAGGGAAAUGUAUAUUGGUGCAAGACUUAUACUCCACCACUAUGGCUUUUAGGCGACAAGGGGAGAAACACCAACAUAACUACGAUCAGAGUGUUUGAAGGAGAUAUUGUAGAUCCCAUCAAACUGUCUGCCACUACUACUACGACGUACCUCGUUGCACCAUACAGCUCGACCAGGUUGGAUAGAUAUGUGAAUAUGGAAGAUGAAGGGGUGAGAUUAGAGGAGAUGUGGAGGUUUGAUCGGCAUUUGAAUUUGGACGAUUUGGAUUUUGAGGUAGAUGGGAUAUGGGAGACAGUGGAAAGAGUUUGGGGGAGAAGAGGAUUGAUACUUUGGAAAGUGCAUAUAGUGACGUGA